GCGCGCUGUCGCCAUGACAGAGUUGGUCUGUUUCUUUUUCUCCGUCAGGUUGGCCGGGCGCGCAGGCGGCGGCGAUUUAUUUUUCCUCGUUCUCACCUAGGAUGUGGUCGGGCCGGUGAGAGGGGAGCCCGUUGUAGUAGCAAGCGAAACAUCAGCGGCGGAGCGCUGCGGCAGAGCCUGCUCUGUUUUAAGUACAUAUAACGGCUGAAUUUUUCUUCCGAGCGGCGCGAUGAGUGCGGUGAAGAAUUCGAACGUGCCCAAUCCGCCGAGCUCCAAGAAGCGCAGCGGAGGCUUUCUCCGCCAGGCCAAGUCUCGAAAGGACCACCCGGCCGACUUGGAGCCCAUCACCGAAGAGGAACUCGCCAAAAAGGACUCCAUCUCCCCGGAGGACGUUCUCAGACUACAGAAGAUCACCGAAGGAUACCUCUGCUCCCCUGAUGCCAAUGUCUACGACAUUGACUUCACACGCUUCAAGAUCCGAGACAUGGAGAGUGGCAUGGUGCUGUUUGAAAUCGCAAAGCCGCCGCCCCCGUCUACACCUGAUGGGGACGACGCAGGUGAAGAGCAGCAGCUCGAAGGCGAGUGCCAGGACCCCAACGCAGGGCGCUUUGUCCGGUACCAAUUCACUCCACAGUUCCUCAAGCUCAAGACGGUGGGGGCCACAGUGGAGUUCACAGUGGGGAGCAAGCCCGUGAGCAAGUUCCGCAUGAUUGAGCGGCAUUUCUUUCGUGACAAGCUGCUCAAGACAUUUGACUUUGAGUUUGGCUUCUGCAUCCCCAACAGCAAGAACACAUGCGAGCACAUCUACGAGUUCCCCUCCCUCUCCCAGGAGCUGUGUGACGAGAUGAUCGCCAAUCCAUUUGAGACCCGGUCGGACAGCUUCUACUUCGUGGACGACAAGCUGAUCAUGCACAACAAGGCAGACUACGCCUACAACGGGGGUCUCCAGCACCAGUAGAAAGCCCCGUGGCGGCCCUUCUUUCCUCAUUUUCUCCGCUCUGCUGCCAGAUUCGCACACCACUUGGCUGGGAUCACCAGGGGCCCGACGGUGACACCUGCAUCUCGCCUGCAGACUGCCCGCGCCCCGUCUAGGACACAGCCCGCGCACGUACGCACACACACAUACACACACUCCUCUGCGCCUGCCAUUAGAUCAUCGCCACACGCACACGGCUUUGUUUGCCGCAUGGGAGGACGGGCUUUCCUCCUUUCUUCUCCAUUUCGUGCCGGAAGCGGCAGCACAGUUGUAGCUGUCGACCAUAAAAAGAUGUGUACAGUCCUCGCACAAGAGCACCUUGGCAUGUCUUGGCUGAGUAGGAGUUUCUAAAGGUGGGCACGGAUCAUUUCUCGUGCUAGCCUGCCAGUCUGCGGCACAUGCCUUCAAGAGACAAGCUUGCGACGGGCGGCUGCAGUUGGAAAAAAAACUAGAGUUGAUAUUGUGUACGUCAUCUUUUAGUCAAUGCCUCACUUUUCUUUUUCUGGGUCCGUUGUUUGUUUGUUUGUUUGCUUGUCGGUAUGUUUCAUAACAGUAUUUUGUGGGGAGCUUCAAAAGAAAAAGAGUUGAGUGAGAAAGAGUGAGAAAGUGGAGAAUAAGAUAUGAGGAGGAAUAAACACCUCCCACAGGGUCACCAAUCAUUUCCUGCAUUUCAUCAAUUGGGCAGUAUUGACAUCCUAAACAUAACGUCACCAUGCCAAUGCAACAUGAGAAAUAUACUACAAUAAGCUGUAUCCGUUAUCGCAAGUUUACUGCAAUGUAGGCAACUCUUGAAUGCUUCUCCGGGGUGCUAAGCUUUACAGGUAGGUAUGGUGGGAAGGAGAAUAGCCUUUCUUUUUUCUGUACGAGUGGUCUCAUUCAGCGCUUGCUGUGUUGAGCCACGCAUGACCACAUUCACUAGUCUGGUGCUUGCUGGCAGAAGCACUUGUCCAAAAUUACUACCAGCUCGAUUUAUUUAAGGAGCAUUUGUGGGGUUCUCAAUGGUUCCUGCUAGGCAAAAAGCUUAAAACUCAAGCUCAGCAAGUAUCGAGAGCUAUACGGCAUAUGGCGUGCGUUUGCAAAACGAGGGAAUAUUUGUUUCUUUGCGCUUUUCUGGUGUGCCCACAGCUUGAAAAAUUAUUAUAGUGCUGGCAAAUUUCAGUGCUACAGCUUUAACCAGUGGCACAUUUUGUGCAUCAUUUCAGUUUGGUAUAUUAGGGAUCUUGAAAUACUUUAUAGCAUUGCUAUGCACACUUUUUGUUUUCAGUACCUAGUUUUCAUGAUGGCCUCUUUGAAGUAACAGUGGAGAUGAGUGUCCUUUGACAUUCUUUCGCUGUACAGCUAUGUUUAAUGGCUGUGGUCUGCCUUGGAAGCAAACUCAUUACGUAGUGUCACAUAUGCGGUGGUAAUAAUGCAAGCUCAAAAAUCAUCCGAGCGUGGCCAGUUUAACCACAUCACCAUACUCUUGUUUCUGUUUUGAUUCUGCUAUGCUUUUUCUUUUAUAAGCUUUCCUCGGUUCAGGUAUCAUCAUUAAAGAAGAAAGUGUAACUAACUUUAAAUCAACUUGUGGUGGGUCACAGAGAUUGCUUUUCACUGUCACGUCACAUCAUGUGAGAAAAGAAUGUGGUUUUAUUGCAGUGGACAAGCAUCGCUACAAAAAAUGCGAGUACAUAUUGCAAACUCUUGUUUGUCUUUACUGUCAGUUCCGGUGAACAGAAUUGUUCGUUUAACUUACGGGCCCAGUGUGCUGAAGUAGCCGUUGGUGCAAAAUAAGCCAGCUUUUGCAAUAAAAUGAUGAACCUUCACUAUCAAGUAUGCAUUUCUGUCUAAUAGGACUUCUCUUACUAUUUCCGCUGCAAAAACUGCUUGUGCUAAUGUCAGAAAAUGCUUCCUGCCUCAGUUUGAAUAAUAAAUUUGGAGCAAAAUCAGCGUCACCACCUUGCGGCAGAAACACAGGUCACUGGAACAGCGUAAGCAGGGUGAUUUUUGUUAAACUUUUUCUUUUUUUCCGAAAGGAGGUUACAGUCUAGCAAUAAAAGACAGUUAUGGCAUAAGAAGCAAGCAGCAUGACUGUUUGGUAGUUAGUAUGCUGCUAACACAGAGCAUAAGCAUGGUGUUAAAAGUAGUGCAGGGAUGGAAGAAUUACAAACCAGAAGAGUCAUUGCUAUGGCUGCCAAUAGAGAAUGGUUGUGAACAUACUCUCAGCGAUCGAAGCUACCAUUGAGUCGCACAAAACUGGUGGUCGGAUUGAGGAAGUGUGCACAUGCACACGUUAGAAAUUGUGCAAAUUCUUUCCUAAUUGUUUACUUCUCUCCUGUAUUUUGUAUGGGGAUACCGUUUUGCACCACCUGCGACACCUGUUUUUCAGUUUUUUUUUGUCAGCGUUUAUUUAAUUGUCUCAAGUUGUGCUUUUGCUUUUCAUACAAUAAAGUUUUAAGUUGCCGUAA